GAAAGACAUAAAGAAAAACAAACAAAAAUGGGUUCGAUGGCCUUUAUUUUUUUUGUUUUAAGCUGACGUCAUAAAGAACUGGUUCGAGUUCUACGAAGUGGCUACGAUCUUUGACGUCAACCCCCAAUCCAAUACGAAAACCACGAAGAAGACGAUCGGAAACAAACAUUACAGCCUCCUCCAAUGGACCUCAAUCGCAAGCACAAGGUCUCCCUCAGAGGCGCCAGCAGUGGGGAGAUAUCAAGGGAUGCUUUGCUUGCUAAAGUGUCACAAGAGAGGGAGCUACGCAGUUAUGCCAGACGAGCUAAUGCUGCAGCAAUUUAUCUUCAGAGAGUUUGGAGGUCAUACGUUGUGAGAAAGAAGGCAGCUAUAGAGCUCAGAGAUGAGUGGGAGAGUUCACUGAGUUGCCGUUCUGAUACACUGACCAAAAGUUGGGUUUCAAGCAGAGUAUUGAGACCUUUUCUCUUCUUCAUCAGAUCUCUGUCUGUCCAUCAUCAAAAGAUACAGGCAAGAGAUAUACUCUGCAUGCAAACCUGCUUUAAGAUUCUAUUGGAGAGCAUCAACUCUAAUGAUCAGGGGUACAACUUUUGCUCACUAACAGUUGGUACAUUUGAAGAGAGUAAAACAUGGGGAUGUCAAACACGAAAGCUGGUUUCUCUCUGCUCUUUCCUUCUCACCGAGUGUAAUUAUUCACAUGAAAGGAUAAAAGAUGUUCUUGGUGUCAAUGCCCUUGUAUUACGUAUUCUUAUUGUUUUGACUGAUCCCAAAAACUGGAAGAUCGUUACAAAGGAUAACUUUCAAGAUGCAGAAACAGCUGGAAGGAUGGUCCUUCAGUUUAUUGGGAGCUGUAAUAGUGGAUAUUACAUAGCAGUUAGAAGAUAUAUCAAGACAUUAACCACACAUACAGAAGAGAGGCUGUUGAUUACUACAAGCGCAGUUACUUUGGCUCUGCGACCGUUCCAUGCGAGGCAGCCUGCUUUUGUUGAUGACAAUCAACCAGACACGAAUUUGGCUGUUGAAGAAUUUGUUUCUCUAAUACUGACGAUUCCUCAUCUCAGUUGCUACCUGCCGAACGCUCUCAUACGUGCACUGAAGCACAAGAGCAUACUAAUGCCAAGCUUUCACACUAUAUUGAUUUUGAGGGACAAAAUCUUGACCAGAAUAUCGGAAAUAGAGGUUUCAGAGAAGCAAAGCUGUACCAUGGAGAUUCCUUCUGUCGGAUGGGCUAUUGGGAACAUCAUAUCCCUGGCAACAGUUAGUGAAACCGAAUUUAUGGACCCUCAAGAAUCAAAUCCAGAGAUGUAUUAUGUCUUGUACGUUCAUGUUAUCGUGACUCUUGCCGAUAGUCUCUUGUCUCGGGUUGAAAAUUUUGGGAUCCAGGAUGUUCAUCUUGAUUUUGAGGCCACAUCGGAUGAGACUGAGAAAGGAAAAAAUUCUGCUAAGAUUUCGUUUGUGGAAUUGCUUCGACCAGUAUGUCAGCAGUGGCAUCUUGCAAAACUUUUGGCAGCUUCUGGGAAAGAUAUUUGUGUUAUAUCAGAUAAGGGUCCAUCAACGAGCAGUGCGAAAGGAUCAAAAACACUAGAAUUGUUUGAUAUUGCACGAUUCUAUUCGUGCAUGUUGAGAAUCUUCUGCGUUCUGAAUCCUGUGGUAGGGCCGUUGCCUGUCCUUAACAUGUUAUCCUUCUGUCCUGGAUACAUUGUCUCUUUGUGGAGCUCUCUAGAGAGUGUCAUACUCCCUGAAAAUGGUAGUAGCACUGCCGACGACUCAUCUCAUGGACCUGUCAAAACUUCAUGGAAUACAAGAAGUCCUUCUGAAAAAAAACUGAAACAUCUUAAGGAUGACGGAGUCAACAAGUGGGUGAAUCUACUAAACAAGUUUUCUGGUAAAUCACCGGGACCGCAGGAACCUGUGGAGUGUACUAGUGAUCAGCCAGGAUCAAGCCAGGUUGAAGGGUCAACUGAUGAUGUGUGGGAUGUCGAAACUCUGAGGGGUGGUCCUGUAGGUAUCUCCAACGAUGUGGCAUGCCUGCUUCAUCUAUUUUGUGCAACCUAUGCGCAUUUACUGGUUGUUCUUGAUGACAUACAGUUUUAUGAAAAGCAGGUUCCCUUUUUGCUAGAAAAACAACGCAGAAUUGCGUCAGUGCUUAACACACUCGUGUACAACGGAUUGUUGCGAGGUACAGGUCCUGAGAAUAGACAACUAAUGGAUUCUGCUAUCAGAUGUUUGCAUUUAUUGUAUGAAAGAGAUUGCAGGCACCCUUUUUGUCCUUCUGCCUUGUGGCUCUCACCUGGUAGAACUAGUAGACCUCCAAUUGCAUUUGCUGCAAGAACUCAUGAGGUUUUACCAGCCAGUGAUGUUUUUACGUCUCCAAGCAUGGGUUCUGUUAUAACAAUUACCCCGCAUGUCUUUCCAUUUGAGGAAAGGGUUCAUGUGUUUAGAGAGUUUAUAAGCAUGGAUAAAGCUUCAAGGAAAAUGGCUGGUGAAGUAGAUGCACCUGGUGCAAGGUCAAUAGAGAUAGUUGUUCGUCGAGGUCAUGUGGUUGAGGAUGGGUUUCAACAACUGAAUUCUAUUGGUAGCAGGCUAAAAUCCUCCAUCCACGUCUCGUUUGUGAAUGAGUCUGGCCUUCCUGAGGCUGGCCUAGACUAUGGUGGGCUUUCAAAAGAGUUUUUGACUGACAUAACAAAAGCAGCUUUUGCUACCGACUAUGGGUUAUUCUCGCAAACCACUACUUCAGAUAGGUUGCUUGUUCCUAGUCCAUCUGCUCGGCACCUUGAGAACGGGAUUCAGAUGAUUGAGUUUCUUGGAAGAAUAGUUGGAAAAGCUCUAUAUGAAGGAAUUCUUCUGGAUUACUCUUUUUCGCACGUUUUCAUCCAGAAGCUGUUGGGACGUUAUAGCUUUAUUGAUGAACUAUCAGGGCUUGAUCCGGAACUUUACAGGAACCUUAUGUAUAUCAAGCAAUAUGAUGGUGAUUUGAAGGAACUCUGUCUGGAUUUCACAGUCACUGAAGAGUUUUGUGGAAAAAUGAGCAUAAUUGAGCUCAAACCCGGUGGUAAAGAUAUUUCAGUAACGAAUGAGAACAAAAUGCAAUAUAUCCAUGCAAUGGCUGACUAUAAGCUCAACCGGCAGAUUGUGCCCUUUUCAAAUGCAUUUUACAGAGGAUUGACCGACCUUAUAUCUCCUGCUUGGUUGAAACUAUUUAACGCCCAUGAGUUUAAUCAGUUACUCUCUGGAGGAAACCAUGAUAUUGAUGUUGAUGACCUAAGAAGGAAUACAAAAUACACUGGUGGUUACUCUGAUAGCAGUCGAACAAUCAAAAUCUUCUGGGAGGUCAUGAAAGGGUUUGAACCGAGUGAACGUUGCAUGCUCCUGAAGUUUGUGACUAGUUGUUCUCGGGCACCACUCCUUGGUUUCAAAUACUUGCAGCCAACUUUCAUCAUCCAUAAAGUUUCUUGUGAUACCUCUCUUUGGGCUGCUAUCGGAGGACAAGAUGUAGAAAGGCUUCCAUCUGCUUCUACGUGCUAUAAUACUCUUAAGCUUCCAACAUACAAACGAGCAAGCACUAUGAGGGAGAAACUAUUGUACGCGAUUAAUUCAAAUGCAGGAUUUGAACUCUCCUAGAGACUUCUGACCAGGGGGAUACCAUUGUCAUAUGGGUUGGUGAUGAUGUCCAGGAGAGGUUGGUAGACAUUAAAGGCGACGAGCUUGAGGCCUGAGUGUCUUUUCAUCAAUCUCUGCGUUGUGCUUUCAAGUUUGGUGUUGAACAUGACAGCAUCGUUAUUCAGCCUCUCGACACAGCUCUUGUUUCCGAAACCGAAUAGAGUAAUAGCUGCAGGCAGGCAACCCAUCGGCGGUAACGAUAUCACUCCGAUUCUCCUUGCUCCUAGUUCAUACAGAUUCUGUUACAAGCGACAGUAUAAUUCUUGUUGACACACACAAAAAAUGGGUAAAUAACCGGGACGAGUUGUUUGUUUCUUGUAAAUUUGCACAUUCAUAGAGUUGCUUUGUUAAAGAAUAUUUCGUUCUAAAACUCGUUACUGAACUUGAAAAUACCUGGAUGAAGUCUGAGUAGGAUCUCAUGAGAAUAUCAGAGAACUGAUCAGGUGUAUUUAGGAUGUUGAGCAGAGGAUUGACGUAAUAGUUCUGAAUAAAGUCGCUAGAUCCCGCACUCAAAAUGUGGAUAGCUUUAGAGAAGAGCCUGCGUGCUCUCUCCCUCCCGAUCAUACUCGUCACUCUGUUUUGAUACGUCCUGUAAUAGCUCAGCUGUCGUGUUAAGGAGAUCGCUCCAAAUGGAAUAGAUGUGGCAUCGUAGUAUCCUGAAGAAGCGGAUGCAAAGUUGGCGCCGAUCAGGAGAUUCUCGUUGCUUGCUUCUCGGCUUAGGAAUGCAGGUGGAUAUGAAGAGAAGCCAAGGUACUCAGCUGAGAAAUCUACAGCGAGUUUCCCGUUGCAGAAUCUUCCGGUGGGUGUUUGGUUGACGAAGUCUCUGCCAUAAGGAGGGAAGUUUGAUUUAACAAUGCUGAGUAAGUUAUUGUUGUUGCCAACGUCAACAAUGGAGUCACCGAACAUGAUGAGUGCAGGAACAAUGGCUCCUCUGGAUUUGCUGAAGAAGCAAGAAACCAAGAGAAGAAAUCUGAACCCUGAAACUCCCAUCUCUUGUUUUCUUUUCUUCUUCUGGCCUAUUGCAAUCAGACCGUUAAAACAGAGAGAAGAGAGAGAGAGUGAGGGCGUUAUGUUAGUGGCGAAGAAAAUGGAGUGAAGAAUAUGAUGCAUGUCAUACAAAGAUAAUCAUUCUCUUCAUGCUUAUUUUUAAGAUAAAGAAAAAGCAUUUGUUAGUGCAAUAUAGUAGGUGGAAAUUGUAUGUGAGGCCACUCUCUUUGGCCAUGGGAACCAAUGCUUAAGCAUCCCUGUUUGGAACCAAAACUUCCGUCACAGCGAGGUUUCAAAGUCGUCCUCCUCUAUUCGAUUUGAAUCUCAAGGCUCAAGCCAAUAUGGUAACCAGACGGGGAUUGAGAGAUCAUCAAUCUUUCAUUAAUCUAAUUUGGUUCAUGUUGAAACCCGUUGGAAGCAUGAAUAUAGAGGUUCUUGGUAAGAGAUGAUAUGUUUUAGGAAAACAAAGUUGAAUUUUGGCAAAAAUAUCAUUACUACACAGUGUGAUCUCCACCAACUUUUUGUUGUUGUUGUAAUAAUGUCUCAGGUUAUGUGGCA